AUGAUAUACAACACUUCUGCUGGAUUUUAUAAACCCAAUGAAGAAUGUGAGACAUGCCUUGCUCACAGGCAUGAAACCUAUAGACAAAAAAAAGUGAAUAAAACUAAAGAGCAAAAAGCCAAUGCAAGAAAUAAAAAUACAUCAAAUAAACGAAGAAUACAUGCCUUAAUAAAUUCUUCAGAAGUAACAGAAAAUUUGGAAAAUAUUUUGAGCCAUAAUUAUAAACUUCUCUUUGAUUUUUGUAAUGCAAUCAAUGAUCUUAAAAAUGAACUUUGCUCUGUGUGUAAUGAACGAUUUCCAUCAAUUGAACUCUAUGAAGAAGAAUGCUGUUAUUGUCAUUAUAAAAAAAAUAUUGAUAUUGAUAAUAACAUAUUGCAAUCCUUACCAGAAAAUGGAUCGAUUAUUGAUCAGCUUUCACAACUAUUGGAUGAUGAAACUAAUCAUAAAGGAUUAAGUGAAGAAAAUAUAGAUUCAUAUGAAGACAAAACAAUUGAAAAUGGUUUUAGUUCACAGACCUUUGUGCCUUCUAUGCCACCUGGAUUUGAUUGGCCAUAUAUCGAAACUUCACCUAUUGAUGAAUUUCAUACUCUCAGGUAUAUGGCACAAGCAUUCCCAACACUCUUUUCUCAAGGUAUUUCAAUUUGCUCAUCAUUCAUGAUGACAUUAUUUUGCAUUAAAUACACUAAUGAGAUGAAAGCAUUAUCAGAGGGUUGGGUAUUUGUUCAACAGAAUUUAGAAGACGAUGUGGCUGAUUUGCAUUGGCCUAAUCUGCAUAAACUCAUGCCCAGUGAAGAAAAUUCCGUAAAGGGAGAGACUAAUCAAGAAGCUUCAAAAUGCAGGCAUAAAGAUCUCAUAGAAAAUCCUCACAUUGCUGCAUGGUAUUUUGAAAAGUGUUUUAAAAUUUUCUUUGAGAAGGUCUUAAUACCAAAAUGGGGAUUAGAAAAAAUAAGCAAUAAUCAAGAAAAAAUGGAGGAAGUGGUCUUAAAUAAAGCUCUUUAUGAUAAUAUACCUGAUAAUCCUGCUUUAAAGGCAUUUCAGAAACUUUUCCUUUACACAGUGGCAGAACAGGAUUACUCUGCCCAAGAAACUUGUCAUCUUCUUCUUCAAAUGCUACUAUACCACUGCAGCAGAAAUUUUGUCAUUUUAAAUCUCAACAAAGAGGUAAAUCGUUUGCUUUGUGAUAGUGAUAAACAUGAAGAUAGAAAAACAGAAAUAAAUUCAGCACCUUCCAAUUUAAUUGGACUUGCAGUGAAGAAUAUUGAAGAUUACAAUGAAGAUUCUGAAUCUGAAUCUGAAGACCAGAAUAGUGUUGCAGCCUUUAAUAUUCAAGGCAGUAUCAUUUAUUCAACAUUCUCUGUUCCGAUAACUUCUAAUAAUUUUGACCUUAUAGGUAAUAGGCUUAAAAAGCUCCAAAAUAAGCUACAGAGAGUUAAAUAUAUUAUUAUAGAUGAAAUAAUUGGCGAUUUUGGACAACUUCCUCCAAUAUGUGACCUUCUAAUGUACUCUAAAGACACCUCUAUUCAUCAAAUCCUUUAUCUGAAGAUGGAUGCAAUGCUUACAGUCAAUUUCAGGAAAUAUAUAAACUCGAGGUUGUAUAGUGACAGUCUGCCUGUGGUUAAAAUUUGUGCAGUUCAUACAGGUGGUUCUGAAGCUUCAAAAGCUAAUUCAGAUGUUACCAAAGGUCUUGAUCCAGUUUUACUACUAGCUAGGAAAGCAUACAUUAUGCUUAAUACAAAUUUGUGA